CGCAGUAACAAAUGCGCACAGAUCAAAUUCGCACGGACCAAAUGCGCACAGACUAAACCAACAGACUUACCACAUGGGUUGCGACUUCUCAGGACACCUGUACUAACGGGGUGGGUGCGGGAAAACGUAAAAGGAAUCCUGAUGGGUGGGCUAUCAAUAUUUUGAAAAAGGCCCAAAAUAAUGGCACAGCGUGUAUAACUUAAAGUGGUCAAUCAGUAUCGAAAAGAAAGAUGGGUGUAGGAUGCUUUUCGUGUCGCUACAAAUGUUUGGAACGUAUUUCACUUUUGGAAACACAACAAAUUUUUAAUGAAUUUUGGCAAAUAGGUGACCAUAAUCGUCAAUGGGUUUUUAUUGACAAAUCUAUCACGAUCAUUCAAUACAAAAACCAAUCAAAUGAUGAAAAACAAAGAAAAAGGAGUAUAGCUCGUCAAUAUUCAUUGACUGUGCAAACAAGAAAAAUCAAAGUUUGCCAAACUAUGUUCCUGGUUACCUUUGGAAUAAGCAAUAAGUGGUUAGAGAGCAUCCAGAAAAAAAAAAUAUCAUCGACCGGGCAGAUUAUUAUUGCAGACGGCAGAGGCAAGCAUCUAAACCGGCUUAAAAGAAUUAAGACUGAAAUUACAAAUCAGUUAAAAAGCACAUUGAAUCUUUUCCGAAAGUUGAAUCUCAUUAUUGUAGAGCAUCUACACAACCUUUCAAGUGAUUUAAAUAUAAAUAAAAUGUACAGAAAAUACACAGAAGAUAUGAAAACAUCAGAACAACUCAAGGUAGCCUCUAAACAUCACUAUCGUGAUGUAUUUUGUAAUGAAUUCAAUUUAUCCUUUCACAAACCAAAAAAGGAUCAAUGUGAUCAAUACACAGCUUUUAAUAAUUUAUCAGUCAAUGAAAAAUUAAUAGCCCAAAAGAAACAAGAUAAAUACUUAUGAAAUAAAGACUUUGCUAGAAAUUGUAUGAAAGAGGAUAAGCAGGCUGCUGUGAAUGACUUCUCUAUUUGUUGCGCAUCUUUUGAUUUACAAAAAGUUUUAAAUGCCCCAUGCGCUGGAUCGUCUUCUUUCUAUUAUAAAAGGAAAUUAUUUAUAUAUAAUUUUACUAUUUUUGAUUUGGCUACGAAAGAGGGCGAAUGCUUUGUUUGGAAUGAAACAAUAAUAAAACGUAAGGCUAACGAAAUUGCAAGCUGUUUAUGGAAAUUUAUAUAUGUACUAAAGUUAAAAACGGUUGUAAGGAAUUUUGGUUUUAUAGCGACAAUUGCGGAGGCCAAAACCGUAAUUGUAUUUUAUAUACAAUGUAUAUGAAGGCAACGCUUAAUUUGAAAAUAUCUAUAAGUCACAAGUAAAUUAUUAGCAUUUAAAUAAUUCUUAACAAAUUUAUAGUUUUUACAUAAUAUCUAUCAAUAAAUCAAUUUCACUUUAGUUAUCUAAAACUUUUAAUAAAUUUCAAUUAUCAAUAAAUUUCAGAUAUCUUGUAAAGGGUCAUACCCAAACUGAUUGUAUGCAUUCAAUCAUUGAGAGUGCAGCAAAGUAUAAAGUUCUAUACGCAAGAACAAUGGUGUGACGGAAUAAGAUCUGCAAAAGUAAACGAUCCAAAGUAUAAAGUUCAUGAAAUAGAGUAAUGUGAAACUUUUGACUUCUCGAAACUUGUCAUAAAAAAGCAAUGGAAAAACGUUCCGAUUUCAAAACUGUCUACCAUAGAUAUAAACGAAAACAACACCAUUGCUUAUACUAAAGAAUACAACAACAUGGU